CGCUCAACUUUAAUGAACAUCGCUGGGCGCGAACACUGCCAGUCUCCCGGCGCUGCUGCUUGUGGCUAUUGCCGCUUCUCUGGAGGCCUCAGCUGAGUUCUGCUCCCCCGCCCUUUCCCUCGCUGAAGAUGCCGAGCAAGAAAAAGAAAUACAACGCUCGUUUUCCCCCGGUGAGUCGGCGGUCUCCUCUCGCACCGCUCUUUCCUGGUACAGGCUCCCCGAAAAUCUCCCGCAAGGACCCCCCUCUGGUUCUGGAUCCUUUGCGUUGCGCCGGAUUUUGGCAUCUUUUUUGCUCUGCCCAGCGCUAUGGUUAUGGGCAGUAGGAGCGUUGUGCAGAGUAUUCAGCCUCAUUGUAACAAUAACACUGUAUCCGCACACGCUGCAGCUUGUUAUUGCUCACUAGUGCCUUUUGUACAGUCUAUAAACAUAUAUUGUUUACGUUCAAUACACUGGUUCCUUAACGGAGUAUCUGCCCCUCGACCAGGAUGUUCGGUGCCUUGGCAGGGCCAACCCGCAGCCACCCGGGGACAUAGCUGGGUAGAAUGCCCAAGGCGAGAAUUAAGAAGAUUAUGCAGACAGAUGAAGAAAUAGGGAAAGUUGCAGCCGCUGUUCCUGUCAUUAUCUCUCGUGCACUAGAACUGUUCCUGGAAUCACUUCUGAAGAAAGCAUGUCAAGUCACACAGUCCCGAAGCGCCAAAACUAUGACUACAUCGCAUCUAAAGCAGUGUAUCGAGCUUGAGCAACAGUUUGACUUCCUAAAGGAUCUUGUAGCUACUGUUCCAGACAUGCAGGGUGAUGCUGAAGACAAUCAUACUGAAGGAGAGAGGGUGUCACGGAGGGGACGAAAACCAGGAAGUAGUCGGAAGAAUGGGGGAUCUGCCAUGAAAGGAAAGGACAAGAAGCAGUCAGAGACAGAGUCAGAACAAGAGGAGGAGUCUGAAGGUACAGAAUCGGAGGGAGAGGAAGAUAUGUGUCCCGAUCCUCCUCUAGGCAACCAAUCACAAGUCACAUUUCAGAGCCCCCAGGCUCCUUCUUUCACUAAUUUCCAUUCUGGGACUGCACUGCCCCAAGUACCUGCUGCUCUGCCAGCAAUGCCAGCUCCAUUGCCACCUACCGGCUGUGAGGAGGAGGAGGAGGAGGACUAUGAUUCGUAGCCACUAGAUGGACCCUGUUUAAUUCCGUUUUCAUUUAUUCGCUUUGUUUGUUUUUUUUAUUUUGAUUUUAAAAGGGCUUGAAAGCCUUGGGGGGGGGGUUGUUAUAUGUGUUCUUAAAUUUAUUAAAAAAGGAAGUGGAGGAUAAAAA